AUGCAGUCCGUCAUUCUGCCUACGGCUUCGGCGAUCCCUUCCAUCUUACCUGGACCAUUCAUUCUCCUCCUACUGCUUCCUGUGAUCCCGCUUCUGUUGUUCUCGGUCGGGGCCAGACCUCCUGACACAUCGCAUCUACCCUUUUCCACUGAUGAUCUGUGGCAGACGACAGCAUUCAUUACUAUCGCAGGCGCGGUCGUUCUCUGCGUAGGCUUAUACCCAGGUGCUUUCAGAGAUGUGGCGCAAUGGAUCACCGGAGCUGAGGAUGGUGCAGAUUGGAGGCGAUGGUGGACUGAAGUGACAAAGCAGAAUGAGGGGGCUUUCGUUCAUUCAAAGAGGGCAAGAGGCGUCCAAACGCUACCGCAUCCUCGAGCUCGAGCUCGACCAGACCUGUCCGUCCGCCAGAUCGGUACAAUGCCAAUGCCAAGAUUUAAGAUGCCGGCAGGCAAUGCCUUCCCCCAGGUGCAGCUAUCCGCAUCAGAGGCUCAUCUCAAGGCACUGAGGAUGAGCCCAUUCCCUGGGUUUUCAGUUGCCCGACCGCCCCUGCUUCCUUGGGUCGCUGCGCUCUGCGCCUUGGCCACUCUGCUGAUUAUUGCACUCGGCAAGAUACUAGGUUCAGCAUACGACUCAGAAGCAAAGAGCAUAUCAGCAUCAUCGUCAUCCUCGUUAUCAUCGUCUAGCUCGAGCAGAGGAGAAGCUUGGCCAGCUAGAGAAUUGAGGAAGCGAAAGUCUGAGAAAGACGACGAGACCAAGAUCCGACUUGAGAAAGAGGUGGCGGCUUGGAGGACCAGUCUGAAGAAGAUGGAUGAUGAGGAGAAAGAGAAAGCUGAGGAGAAACGGCAGAAGGAGGUUGAAGCGGUUAGGAAGGAAUUGGAGAAGCGCAAGUUAUCGACGAAAUAUCUGGAACUGUAUUUGAGGGGUAACUCGAGAGGGACAGAGCGUUCAAGCAAGGGGACACCGACGAAGCCGGCUGAGGAUUCCUCCAAGCUCAAGGUAUCUGAAAAAGUCAAGGGUUUCCUCUUCGGACCUCCAGGAACCGCUAUGAGAACCAAGAAAGAGGACAAUGUUGCAGUGACAAAAACACCAGCCCAAGGUCCAGGCUGGAGGGCUGCGGAUGAUGCUGUGGCCCACGCGGCCAUCAGAGGAGGUGCUGCUAGAGCAGAGAGUUUGGGUAACCAACUCGUUGCUCAGAAAAGGGAGGCUUGA